GAUGUCUCGUUGCGGUGCGAAAGAGGUAGAGCAACGAAACCCUCGGAGGCUCGGCAGAGGGCCAGGCCGCCAGGCAGGGCGGGUGAAGAAUAAAUUAGGGGCUGUUUUGUUCGGAUGAAGAGAAGAGCACGUUUGUCACGUAAUUCGUCACCCAAUAUCACACAGCACACAGCAGGCUAGCUCGGCCACUUUUGCGUUCUGUUCAAAUUGCCGCGCUGCAAUGGUGGCUCAAUGGUUGCCAACACCGACAACAUAGCUGUCAUUUGAGGCGAAUGUAAAGACUUCCUAGGGAUAAAUUUCGAUAGCUUUGCGAAAAAGAAGAGACAAAAAUAAACAAACAAUUAUGUGUGUGUCUUUAUCAGCGAAUUUACUGGCAAAGUUGAGUAAUGAAAUGAAACACCGGCAAAGUUGGUGCCAGAUUUAGUGAGUGGCCGCGGCGGUUUUCUUUUAUUUUAUUUCCCUCGUCAAAACAAAAAUAUACACAGACAACUCGCACGACGCCAGACGAAUCUCACACUGUCGUCUUCAUCGCCGCUGGAAUUUAUCUUAGGAAUCUUAGGUAGACACUCGAGCGGUCUUUUGCGUCGUCUUGGUAGCGUGUCAUGCCGCAGUCACAUGUGGUCCUGAAAUGACUGCCAACUGUCCAGAAGUUCCAUCGCUCAUUCCGAGCAAAGAAGAGGAAGUUCAACAAGCAAGAUCUUAUUUGCGGGAAAGGUUCAUCCGAGCUUUGUUAGCUAUGAACGGUCUUGUUACAGGAAGGACUGCCAAUUUUCGUAUGUACGAGAACACAAAUGUUUCAGCAGUGUUCGGAAGCUGUGAUCGUGAAUUUGUCAAUAUCUAUGUGAAAUCAUUAGACACUCCUUUGGGAUCCAUUCCCGAUGCUCUUUUAAGAACCAAUGAUAUUGAAUGUAUAAGUAUUAAUGAAAUAGAUCCCAGUGCCUAAAUUCCUUGAAUAAAUUUUUUAAAAUAUG